GUGGCAGGCAGGCAGGCAGGCGGUGGCGGGUUUUUUGUGAAUGGGAGCGGGCCGCACUCUUUGCCGCGGCGUAGUUAGCGGCUCCGGGCCGCAUCGCCGCCGCUGAUGUCAUUGCUUCCGCCCUGCUUCCUUUUUGGAGAAUCCAAAAUGGAGUGAGAGAGGGGUUUGUGAAGACAGACAGACAGACAGACUGGGCUGCUGCAAGGCUGCAAGGCUGCAAGGGUGUCCCCGGCCCCGCACGGCUGCUGUUGCACGGUUGCAUUGGCAGCUGGGCUGCAGCGGGCAGGAUGUGAGCGGCCAGCGGGAGCAGCAGAGCGGCCAGGAGGGGAGAGCAGGGACGGGGAGAGGAGGGAGGGAGGGCAGUGGGAGAGGAGGCUGCACUCACUCACUCACUCACUCCCCCCUCCCGCUCCCCGGGCCCGCAGCCCGGCGCCACACUCACCCACACUCACACACACACAGCAGUGAAGUUUGCAACCAUGUCCGCCGCCGCUCCACCAAAAUGACCGAGCAAUCGCACCCAGACCAUGACACCUACAUUGUGAGAGUCAAUGCUGUGGUGAUGAGCAGAGAUGACUCGGGCUGGCUCCCUCAGGAAGGAGGUGGGCUCAGUCGGGUCGGUGUCUGCAAGGCCAUUCAGCCCGACUCCACGGGCAGGAGUGACUUCCUCAUCCUCGGGGAGCGACUUAAAGACAAACUGGUAGGUGCUGUAGUCCUUGCAAGAAAAGCCAACCUCUGCGUUAGUUCAGUCUCUGUUGCACCAGCUACAUACCCACCCCGUGCCUUCGACAGGGGAGUGAGGAAGGCCAUCGAGGACCUGCUGGAAGGCUCCACCACCUCAUCGUCAACAAUACAGAACGAAGUGGAAGUUGGUGACGAUGACGUCUUCACGGCCACGACAGACAGUUCGUCAAACUCGUCGAGUAGGAAGGAGCCGCCGGUGAGGGCGUUGACCCCCACUGUGACCGAGACCCACCGGCCCCUAUGUCCCCUGAGACACGCACUUGACCAUUACAGCCCCGACAACUACCUCCUAGAGCAGUCUGUGCCCAAGCAACGCCACGUGAGUUUCCGAGACGAUGAAGAGGAGAUCGUGCGGAUCAACCCGCGGGAGAAGGCGUGGCUGCGGGAACGAUACGAGGACUACCGCUACGCGGCGGUCAGGCCCAAGUACGGCGAGCAGGGAGACGGCGACUCGUACGUCCACUUCGACAAGAGCGACGCGCCCAAGCACGACUACAACUACCCCUACGUGGAGAGCUCGGACUUUGGCUUUGGCAAGGAGCUGAAGGGCGGGGUGGGGGUGGGGGUGGGGGUGGUGGCGGUGGUGAAGACCCAGCCCGCCCCGUCCAAGUCCAAGCUGCGGCGGCGCAUCGACGACGGCGAGCGGUCCCGGUGCAUCUACUGCCGCGACAUGUUCAACCACGAGGAGAAUCGGCGGGGACAGUGCCAGGACGCUCCCGACCCCAUCCGGACAUGCAUCCGCCGUACCAGCUGUAUGUGGUGCGCAGACAGCAUGCUCUACCACUGCAUGUCCGACCCCGAGGGGGAUUACUCGGACCCCUGCUCCUGCGACACAGCCGACGAGAAGUUCUGCCUGCGCUGGCUGGCGUUGAUCGCGCUCUCCUUCAUUGCCCCGUGUAUCUGCUGUUACCUCCCGCUGCGGGCUUGCUACAAGUGCGGCGUGAUGUGCCGCUGCUGCGGGGGUAAGCACAAAGCCGUGGGCUGAGCGGCCACGUGGUGUACAGGACAUCGGACACCGCUCUGUGGAGGAGGAACAUCGUGAUCACAUUGUGGUGUGGGAACCGCAACGCUGGUCUCUGUGUGCGCGCACGUGUAGACACUACCUGACUGGACACCAUCAGCGCCACACACAACUAACCUUAACAACUAGACUUGUCUAUCAUGGAUAUAUAUAUAAGAAUGUCUCACAAUUGUUUAUAAUUUUUCUAAGAAUCUAAUGCGGAUGAGUGUUGAGCUAUGCGUGCGUGCGUGUGUGUGUGUGUGUGCGUGCGUGUGUGUGUGUGUGCAAAUGAGGAACUGCAGAUGCUGGAUUACCAAAACAGGCACAGAGUGCUGGAGUAACUCAGAGGGUCAGGCAGCAUCUGUGGAGAACAUGGAUAGGUGACGUUUCACAGAGUGCUGGAGU